UCUUUGGCAUGGCAAGCUGGCAACUACCUCAAAAAGUUCUCAUAGAUUUUCCCGUCGCUCUGACACCAUUUUCUAGUUUCAUCUCCUACUUUGAUGAAUCAAUCCUCCUCCUCUCUUUUAACACAACCAAUACUCUCUCUUUUUUUUCACAUCUAAAUCUCUCAUCGCAUCAUUUAAGCUUCUUUGCAAUUUUUUCUUUUGGAAGAUUUCAUUCCCAUUUCUAUACCAUUCAAUGGAUUCCCUUUUCAUUGAAGUUUCUCUCCAAUUCUUUCUCGGAUGAAGAUCCAUUGCUAUGAUGCCGAGAAACCUUCUCAGAUGGAGAGUCAUUGCUAUAAUGCGGACAAUGAUGAAAAGUUGUGCUAUAUCAAUAUUUCACCCAUCAGAUUCUUCAUACUCUUCGGGUGUGUAACAGAGUGGUGAUGUCUUGGAUUUUAUGGAGCGCUCGGCUAAAUCAGUCUUAGUCGUGUUGGAGUCGGAUCCCCUCCAUUCAUGCUCUAUUUUUCUCUGGUUGUAAUCUCAUUUGAUUAAAGAAUUUUUUUUAAAAAAAAUAGCUUAAGUUAAAAACUAGUUUAUUUAAUAUUUUGCUUAACCAACCUAAAACGGAGCUGUUUAGCGGCGCCAGUCACUCUGUGACAUUUUUCUAGGGAAAAAUUCCGACUGGCAGAGGAAGAAUUUGAGAGCGAAGAGAGAGAAAAUGGCAACGACGGAGGAAUUUGUAGAGGCAGACAAUGCAGAGGCGAUAAUCACAAGAAUCGAACACAAGUCUCGGAAGAUUGAAAGCUUACUCAAACAGUCGAAACCCGUCGAGGCUCUCAAAACUGCUCUAGAAGGAUCUCCUCCCAAUACCAGAGAUGAGCGAUGCAAGUCUGCUAAUUGGAUAGUGGUGCAUAGAGCGAUAAUGGCUAUUAAAGAUGUGGAUGCGUUGUUCUCUGCUUUGGAUCCUGAAUAUUAUGAUAUCCUUAUGAAGUACUUGUAUAGAGGCUUGUCAACUGGAGAUCGUCCUACAUGUGACCAGUGUCUACGGAUUCAUGAAAAGCUGACAGAAAGAGCUGGUUUAGGAUGCAUAUUACGUGCCCUGGCAGACACAGUCAAUACAGUUUGAUUUCGUUACUCCUUUUAUCUUAAAAUUUUCUCAGAACAUGAUUGAUUCUCAUGUACAUGUAGUUGAUCGUCUUAGAAGUAUUAAACACAGUAUACAAGAAGCUCUCUUCUAAAUAAAUAUUCCAUGAUAAAUCAUCAAUAGAUUUUUUCAAGAGCUUUUGAUA